AUGUGGCGUGGGAAGCGACGUUGGUCGUCCACGGAGGUGCUGCUGAGUGUCCUGUGUCUGACGCUGCUGGCGGUGUGUGUCAGCCUCAUCAUCAUCACCUGGCUCGCCAUGCAGACUGACUUGGACCAGUGUGGACUAGGUGGGACUGAGUCUGUGUUCAGUGGGAGGCUGGUCAUUACGAGGGGGGCUGUGUUUACUGAGAAGCUGAGAAACAGGAGCAGUCUGCAGUUCAAGUCCCUGGCCUUCGACACAGAGCAUCUGAUAUCUGACGCUUACAGCCGUGGCUCCCUCAAUAAUGACUUCAAGGCCUGUGAAGUUUUAGAAUUCAGCAAUGGCAGUGUGGUGGUGAACUUUGACCUGCAGUUUCGUCAGAGUGUGGAGGUGAAGGAGGCAGAGCAGCAGCUGGUGGCUGGGCUUCAGAGCACUGGGGGCCUGGUGGUUAACCAAAAUAGCAUCCAGGUCACAGUGAAAGAGGACCUAACUACAUACCAGCCGACCUCUUCAACCAAACUGACCACCACACCUCAUCUUUCCACUACAUCUUCUUCAGGGAAAUGCCCACCUUAUCAUAUGGCCUGUGGGGAUGGCACCACAUGUGUGGCCACCAUGCAGUUUUGUGACGGAGUAGACAAUUGUCCUGAUGGCUCAGAUGAAAACCAUACUCUCUGUGCAACAAAGUGCGAUGGCCAAUUCCUUCUUCUUGGUCCUACGAGCUCCUUCCAUUCUGAAAACUUCCCUCUCCUCUACAACAAUGGCAUGAUUUGCCGCUGGGUCAUACGAGUUCAGAAAGGACUGGCCAUAAAGAUGAAUUUCCACUCAUUCGACACAGAAGAAGAGAUUGAUACUCUCAGUCUGUAUGAGGGCACAGGACAGGGGAAAAAUCUAACAUACCUGCUGUCAGGCCGUUCCCCAGGCACUGUGUGGCUGCUGUCUGACAAGGUCACUGUUGAGUUCUCUUCUGACGAUUACAACAAUUUCCAAGGAUUUAAUGCCACCUACUCAGCAGAAGACAUCAGCAACCUCUCUAAUGAGGAGAGGCUGAGCUGCUCCUUUGAGGAGGGCCUGUGUUUCUGGAGGCAGGAGCCUGAGGAUGAAGGGGACUGGAUACGCACCAAUAUCCCCACAUUCCCCCCUUUCACAGGCCCAAACUUUGACCAUACAUUUGGUAACCAAUCAGGCUACUACAUUGUCACACCGGGAAGCCCUGGCCAGUGGGAGAAGAACUUUAAGAUCCGCAGCCUCCGAUUAGCUCACUCAAAGGAACCGAUGUGUCUGAAGUUCUGGUACCACAUGUAUGGAGAGAAUGUGCAUCGGCUGAGGGUGUUGGUAGAGAGACGGUCAACUUCUGUGGUCAGAGAAGCUUCAGUCAUUGUGGUCUUCCAGAAGGAGGGGAACUAUGGAGAUAACUGGCACUUCGGCCAGGUCACCCUGAACAGCACAGCUGAUGCAACGGUGGUUUUUGAGGCUCAGAAGAAGGGGGGUAUGAAGAAUGACAUCGCCCUGGAUGAUAUUAGUCUGACAAAUGGUCCCUGUGGGGCGGACCCACCAGACCCAACAGUGGUUCCCACCCCUACAACACCACCUCCAAUACCUCCUGACUGUGGAGGACCUUUUGACCUCUGGGAACCCAACUCUACAUUCAGCUCCCCCAACUACCCACACUCCUAUGGAAACAAGGCUUCUUGUUUGUGGACUCUUCAUGCCAGGGAAGGAUGGAACAUCCUGCUUCACUUCCUGGAUUUUGACGUUGAAUCGACCUAUGACAUGGUGGAAGUGCGGGAUGGGGCGGGGCCACAGUCUGAACUGCUUGGUGUCUUCACUGGUACUGAUGCUACCUUUCCAGAUGUGAUCUCCACAGCCAAUCAGAUCACAGUGAUGUUCUUUACGGACAGUACAGGGUAUGGCAGAGGGUUCCGUGCCAACUUCACAUCUGGAUUAGCACUGGGCAUGCCAAAGCCUUGUGUCACUGGGCAAUAUCGGUGUCAGUCUGGAGAAUGUAUCUCCAAUGUCAGUGUGUGUAACGGCCAACCAGACUGCGCUGACUCCUCAGACGAAGCUGACUGUGUGCAUCAGGUAUCAGUGGACAGUACGAGUGUCAGACAUCUGCAGCUCCAGGUCCAGACCACCCGGUACACAACCUGUGGUCAACACUGGAAUUCUCAGCUCUCCCACUUCAUGUGUCGUUACCUGGGCUACAGAUCAGGAAGUGCCCUGCUCAUACCCUCCACAGAGAAAGACUCUCCCUUCACCACCGUGAGUGUGGCAGCCAACGGUACCCUGGACCUGACCCCCAGUGAAAAAUGUACGGGUGAAAAGGUUAUAUCUUUGGAAUGUGACAACCAACCGUGUGGCGUUCGCAUGGUCUCCCAGAAGAUGGAUCAAAGUGGGUCCACUGAACGAAGGAUGGAGGAGAAAGGAGAGGAGGAGUCAGAGGAGAGUGGAACUGUCAGAGUGGUGGGAGGGACAGACUCUCGUAAGGGGGCGUGGCCAUGGAUGGUGUCGCUGUACUUUAGGGGCCGCCAUGUGUGUGGAGCUACUCUGAUUGACAACGAGUGGUUGGUUACCGCUGCACACUGCGUUUAUGGGAAAAAUAUUCACCUUUCCAACUGGGAGGCAGUUUUGGGCCUUCACUCCCAGGACAGUGUAGAUGUCCUCCCAUCACAGACCCGAAAGGUUGACCACAUCAUCAUGAACAAACACUACAACAGACGGACCAAGGAUGCUGACAUCGCAAUGAUGCACCUUCAAACAAACGUCAACUUCACAGAUUACAUUCAACCCAUCUGUCUGCCAGCAAGUGACCAGCAGUUUGAGGCUGGGAGGAAGUGUUUCAUUGCAGGCUGGGGAGCAGAAGUAGAGCAAGGCGCAACACCUAAUGUGCUACAGCAGGCAGUGCUGCCCCUGGUGAGCCGCUCUGAGUGUCAGAAGCUGCUGCCUGAGUACAACAUUACAGCCAGGAUGGUGUGUGCCGGCUACUCUGAGGGGGGAGUGGACUCCUGCCAGGGGGACUCUGGAGGUCCACUCAUGUGUGAAGAGGAUGGCCACUGGGUGCAGGUGGGCGUGAUUUCUUUUGGUGUGGGGUGUGGCCGCCCCCAGCGCCCUGGUGUGUACGCCCUGGUCUCCCAGUUCGCUGACUGGGUCGUCCAGACCAGACGGCUCUCCUGA